AUGUCUCCUCUUUCGCUCAAUGGCAAAAGCCGUGGGGCCUCACCGGGUCACGGCGAGCCCCUGCUCAUUUUCGAUGCCCUUUGCCGUUCCCUCCCUGUCGGGACCGAGGACGAGCAGUUCUGGUGGAAGCUGACCGGCCGACACCUUGCCCGUAUGAUGCUCGAGGCGGGCUAUCCCGAGCAUCGCCAGGUGGAAUGUCUACUCUUCCAUCGCUUCAAGAUAGUCCCAACGUUCGGGCCCCAGCCGCAGUCGGCCGAACCGUGGUACAGGAGCCGCGUGGCCGCGAGUGCGGGAGACGGUGCUCCCAUCAGCUACAGCUGGCGCUUUGGCACGGCGGACAGAAAGCCCUAUAUCCGCAACUACAUCGAGCCUCUGGGCCCUCUGACGGGGACUGCGGCCGACCCAAAUAAUGAGCUCGCAACAAAGGCGCUGCUGCAGGACCUCACCACCACCCUGCCGAACCUAGACCUGUCGCUGUUCUGGACGUUUGAGCAGCACCUCGUUUCGCGGUUUUCCGACAAAGCGGACAGGGAGAAGUACGCGGGCCCGUCGGUGCUGACUGGCGUGGAGUUGUCGCCUGAGUCGGACGCCAUCGAGAUCAAGAUGUACCUGUAUCCCCGAAUCCCCGAGCAGAUCAGCCAGCUCCUCACCACUAUCAUUCCCAAGGCGAUGCGUGAGGCGUACGGCGACGAUGUGUGUCUCGACAGUCUGAAUCUAGUCAAGGACUUUCUGACCAACCACCCCGACGGACGCCAGCUCAGUCCUCGUGGAACAACCGCCAUCGACUGCUGCAAGGUGCAAGACUCGAGGGUGAAAUUCUACGUCGCGACGACGAACACUUCCUUCGAUCACAUCGCAACCGUCAUGACCCUCGGAGGGCGCCGGCCCUUGUCAACGGGAAUCCUCGACAAGCUGCGGGAGCUGUGGUAUGAACUGAACGGACUGCCGUCUGAUUUCCCCACAUCAGAACAGGUGCCAGCGGGCCAGGAGGAGGGCCCAUCGGGCCACCACGGUGUGGGCUUCUACUACGAUAUCCAGCCGUGGCUUGCCCUUCCCGAUGUCAAGGCGUUCAUUAAUGUGCGCAAGCAUGCCAAGAGUGAUCUGGCUGCCGCGGAGACGGUGGUCGGCUUCCUGGAGCGCCAUGGCCAGGGACACCACAAUCCGAGGGCGUACCUGAACGUCCUCCGGGACAUUGUGCCGGCUGAGGAGCUGGAGACACGCGUGGGCGCCCAGGCGUUCUACUCGGUUGCGGUCAAGAAGGAGGAGCUGGACAUCACCGCGUACUUUAUUCCACAGGUGUAUCGGCGCUUUGCGUCUGUCCAGGUGGAAGUGAAUGGGCAGCGACGGAGUAGGUUUGAGUAG